AUGGAAAACCUCUCGGAGAACGAUAUGGUUCUCGACGACUAUGACCAGUACCCCAACGAGAAGGCUGACGAUGUUGUUGUAUCUCGCUCUGGCUCUGAUGAGCCCGAUGCUCGACCCUUGGCUACCGACCAUGAGGCGAUGCUAGCACAUGUCUUGCCCACGAAACCCGAUCUCGAAACCGAGGAUGAAGCAUACAACACAUGGCAUAUCAAAGAAUGGAGAAAGCUGGACCGCAAGUGCCAUGGCCCUAUAUUCAAAUGUGGUGGAUUCCCAUGGCGUAUUCUUUUCUUCCCCUAUGGAAACAACGUUGAUCAUGCAUCUCUUUACCUAGAGCAUGCCUGGGAAGGUGAACCGCCAGAGAAUUGGUAUGCUUGCGUGCAAUUUGCUCUGGUGUUGUCCAACCCGAAGGAUCCUUCCAUCUACGUAACCCACGUGGCAUCACAUCGAUUCACCGGGGAUGAAGGGGAUUGGGGAUUCACUCGAUUCUAUGAACUCCGACAACUGUUUACCGAACCUUGGGAAGACAAAGGUGUGCCUAUUGUACAGGAUGAGGAGGCCAACAUCACAGCCUACGUGCGAGUUGUGAAAGACCCUACUGGUGUACUUUGGCACAACUUUCAAAACUAUGACUCAAAGAAAGAGACGGGCAUGGUUGGCCUUCGAAACCAAGGUGCAACAUGUUACUUGAAUUCGCUUCUACAGUCACUGUACUUCACCAAUGCGUUCCGCAAGGCCGUUUAUCAAAUCCCAACGGAGGAGGAAGCCACCCGAGAGAAUAGUGCUUGGACUCUCCAAAGAUUAUUCUACAACCUGCAGACAAGUGAUAGCGCAGUAUCCACGACCGAACUCACGACAUCCUUCGGGUGGGAUUCGCGCCAAGCCUUUGAACAGCAAGAUGUCCAGGAACUUUCCCGAAAACUGAUGGAAAGGCUGGAAGAGAAGAUGAAGGGCACUGUUGCCGAGAAAGCCCUGCCUGACUUGUUCGUUGGCAAAACCAAGACCUACAUUUCGUGUAUCAAUGUCGACUACGAGUCAUCGCGAGUGGAAGACUUCUGGGACAUCCAGCUCAACGUUCGGGGUAACAAUACCCUGGACGACAGUUUCCGAGACUACAUCCAAGUUGAAACUCUGGAGGGAGAGAACAAGUAUGACGCUGGUCCUCCAUACGGCCUACAAGACGCCAAGAAAGGUGUCAUCUUCGAGAGCUUCCCUCCCGUGCUUCACCUCCACCUUAAGCGUUUCGAAUAUGACCUGAAUCUGCUCACCAUGAUGAAAGUCAAUGACCGUCACGUGUUCCCCAUGGAAUUCGAUGCUGCUCCGUACCUCUCCGAAAGCGCCGACAAGUCUGAACCUUGGGAGUAUGAACUGCAUGGUGUGCUUGUCCACAGCGGUGGCUUAGAUGCCGGCCACUACUACGCAUUCCUGAAGCCUACUAAAGACGGACAUUGGUACCGAUUCGAUGAUGACCGAGUCAAUCGGGUCACUGAGAGAGAGGUUCUGGAGGAGAACUAUGGUGGUGAAUACGAGCUUGCAAAUGGCGCCCCAGACGACGUUCCCGAUCACAUCGAACGCCGCCUGGCCGAAGAACGUGCAGAGCUCUUGCGCCGCAAGAAGGAGCGAGAGGAAGCUCAUCUGUAUACUAACAUCGGUGUGUUAUCCGAGAAGUCAUUUCAGUCACACCAUGGAUUCGACCUCACCAGCAACGACCUUCCUGUGGAUGACCCUGCUCUUCCCACUCAGUAUCGUGUUCUCCGCGCAAAGAAGGUCCGUGAAUUUGCGAAAGAGAUCGCCGAAGAGAGAGGCCUUAAAGCCGAAGGAAUUCGCUUCUGGGUCAUGGUCAAUCGUCAAAACAAGACUGCUCGUCCCGACCAGCUGAUCACCGAUCCAGAGAUCUCUGUAGAUGAGGCUUACCAGCGAUUUGCAUCGAAAGGGAAUCUUUUCCGCCUGUGGAUGGAGUACUCUCCCGAUGGUCAGUGGCCGGAUGCACCGGAUUCCAUAUUGAUCUUCCUGAAGAACUUCGAUGUGGUGAACCAGACUUUGACGGGGGUUGGGUCCGUAUAUGUUCGAAAGACACAGAGGGUUUCCGAGCUGGCACCGACGAUUCUCGAAAAGAUGAACUGGCCCGCUGGCACCGAUUUCACCCUGUAUGAGGAGAUCAAGCACAGCAUGAUCGAUCUCAUGAAGCCAAAGCAGACUUUCCAGCAAUCAGAGAUUCAGAAUGGCGAUAUAAUCACAUUUCAGCGACAAGUCAAGGAGGCCGAUCUUCCACCAACAUCAAUCUACACCGACGCUCGACAGUUCUACGACUAUCUUUUGAGCCGCAUGGAUGUCCGAUUUGCACCCAUUGGGGCUUCCGAGGGUGAAGACUUCACUCUAACCCUUAGCCGCAAGAUGACAUAUGACCAGUUCUCGAAGAAGGUCGCCGAGCACUUAAAUGUCGAGCCAACUCAUAUUCGUUUUGCUCCGGUUGUCCAGAGCACUGCCAAGCCGAAGGCCUUCUUAAAGCGAAAUACCAAUAUUACUCUCGCCUCGAUUUUGAGUGGCCAAUAUGGUUCGUACGGAGGCUACAACGCAAUCCGACCGGAUGCCUUGUAUUACGAGGUAUUGGAUAUGAGUCUGAGUGAUUUUGAGAGCAAGAAGUCGAUCCGAGUGACAUUGCUUCCAGAGGGUAUUUCCAAAGAGGAGCCCGUGGAGGUCUUGGUUGCUCGAACUGGCACCGUCAGUGAGCUUUUGAGUGCUUUGCAAACGAAAGCGAAACUGGACGAUGAUACCAUCAAGGUGACCAGGCUGUACGAAGCCUUGAACGGAAAGUUCUCGAAGGAGCUGCGUCCUGAAGAUCCCAUCACCUCCGUCACCGACUACGGCUCAAUCUAUGCCGAGAAGAUUCCCACCGAAGAGCUUAACAUGGAUGCUGAAGAACGAGUGAUUAGCGCUUACAGUUUCGAGAAGGAGCCUGCUCGGCCCCACGGAAUCCCAUUCAAAUUCGUCGUCAAACCUGGAGAAAUCUUUAAAGAAACCAAGGAGCGCCUGUCAAAGCGGACAGGUAUUAAGGGCAAGCCUUUCGAGAAGAUCAAGUUUGCCGUUGUUGCUCGCAAACCCUCCUUUGCUACCCCUAAGUAUCUUGAGGAUGGUGAAUUCCCCCAAACCCCCCCCCCUGUUCAACCCUUUAACAUUACUGAUGAUGAUCCAGGUGACAUUCUUUCUGACGAGGCUGGUCCAGACGACUAUCUUGGCCUUGACCACGCAAGCAAGAGGAGUGGUUUCUGGGCAAGAGCGAGAGCUUCUUCAUUCGAUAAAUUCAUUCUGGGGGAGGCGCUGUGGGGGGUUUUGCGGGGCGGGAGACACUGCAAUCCGAUACAUGAGGAGGAGAGGGUCGUCCUUGAGGAAGCUGGUCCUGGCCAGAACGUUCAACCAACCGACCUCCUGACGCGCAUCCUCUCGAUUGGCACUCAAUUAUCGGGCAUUAUGCGGUUUGCUCUCCUUGCUGGCCUGGCUUCUUUGGCCUCUACUGUCACUGCGACCGCUUUGACCUAUCGCCUCGAAGCCAACGAGAAGGCAUGCUUCUACACUGAAGUUGACCAGGUCAACGCUAAAGUGGCCUUCUACUUUGCUGUCCAAUCCGGUGGCUCUUUCGAUAUCGACUAUGUCGUGACCGCACCGGGGGACAAGAUCGUCCUUGCCGGCGAGAAGGAAAGACAGGGCGACUUCGUCUUCACAGCCCAGAGCCGCGGAGAAUACAAGUUCUGCUUCAACAACGAGAUGUCCACCUUUGCCGAGAAGAUGGUUGAUUUCGAGAUCGCCGUUGAAAACGAGCAGCGCGCCCAGCUUCCCUCCCGCCAGGGUGCUUCUCCCGAACAAACCACCACGCUCGAAGAGUCCAUCUAUAAACUGUCGGCACAGUUGUCGACCAUCUCGCGAAACCAGAAGUACUUCCGUACUCGUGAGAACCGAAACUUUAGCACCGUCCGCAGCACUGAACGCCGGAUCUUCAACUUCAGCGUGAUUGAGGGCCUGAUGAUGGUCUCGAUGGCUGGGCUGCAAGUAUUUGUUGUGCGCUUCUUUUUCCAGGGCGCCAGAAAGGGUAUGUACUUUCCCCUCUGA